AGGGCGCCCCCUAGCGCCGCUCCGCUCUCAGCGCCUCUCUGCUGUAUUGUGUAACAGCGGGACUGAUCGCACAGCUUUCACCCAAAACCCGCUAAUAAAUCCUCGCUGCGGAGUUCAGAACCGGAACCGGAGACCCGGACCGCGGGGGACACAGCGCAGAUACCCGGAGAACAGGCAGCGAGGCCCGGGGGACGAGGAGGCGAGGACCCGCAGCUCCUCCGCGCAGCCGAGCGAGGCCCGACACCCACCGGGGGAGGAAGCGCCCUGGCCCGGCAGCAGCAUGGCCAACAUCGCGGUGCAGCGGAUAAAACGGGAGUUUAAAGAAGUUCUGAAGAGUGAGGAGACGAGUAAAAAUCAGAUUAAAGUUGACCUGGUGGAUGAAAACUUCACAGAACUGAAGGGGGAGAUAGCAGGGCCGCCCGACACGCCUUAUGAAGGUGGUAGAUACCAGCUAGAAAUUAAAAUUCCAGAAACAUAUCCCUUCAAUCCGCCAAAGGUACGAUUUAUUACGAAGAUCUGGCAUCCCAACAUCAGCUCAGUAACGGGUGCCAUAUGUCUGGACAUUUUAAAGGACCAGUGGGCAGCAGCGAUGACGCUCCGGACGGUGUUACUGUCUCUACAAGCUCUACUGGCAGCCGCAGAACCAGACGACCCACAAGACGCUGUAGUGGCCAAUCAGUAUAAGCAGAACCCAGAGAUGUUUAAGCAGACGGCUCGACUCUGGUCACAUGUUUACGCAGGAGCUCCUGUCUCUAGUCCGGAUUACACUCGCAAAAUAGACAAACUCUGUGCCAUGGGCUUCGAUAAAAACGCAGUAAUAGUGGCGUUGUCGUCGAAAUCCUGGGACGUGGAGACGGCGACGGAGCUGUUGCUUAGCAACUGAGCCUGACCCAGGAAGCAGGAGCAUCAGCACCCCCAGUUUACUGAAUUUAACCCCCCAGACACCCCCACCCCUCCAACCCUCCCUCCCUUCUGACUGUCUGACCACAUCAGAACCCACCUGGAUUCAGUCCUUACAUCAAUAAACCUCACCACAGCAUCUCACACACACUCACACACUGUCUCUAUAUCACCCUGUUCACACCUGGUAUUAUCCUGUAUCCUGUGUGACAGCUCUGAAAAAAAUGAAGAGAGCACUUCUUCAGUUUCUGAAUCAGUUUCUCUGAUUUUGCUAUUUAUAGGUUUAUAUUUGAGUAAAAUGAACAUUGUUGUUUUAUUCUAUAAACUACAGACAACAUUUCUCCCAAAUUCCCAAUAAAAAUAUUCUCAUUUAGAGCAUUUAUUUACAGAAAAUGAGCAAAGAUACAGAGCUUUCAGACCUCAAAUAAUGCAAAGAAAACAAGUUCAUAUUCAUAAAGUUUUAAGAGUUCAGAAAUAAUCAAUAUUUGGUGGAAUAAUCCUGGUUUUAAUCACAGUUUUUUUCAUGCAUCUUGGCAUCAUGUUCUCCUCCACCAGUCUUACACACUGCUUUUGGAUAACUUUAUGCUGCUUUACUCCUGGUGCAAAAAUUCAAGCAGUUCAGUUUGGUGGUUUGAUGGCUUGUGAUCAGAAAUCCAGUUACAAGCCUCACAGGAGAUGCAAUAAAAUCAAUGGCUAGCCAAUUGAUCAGAUCACCCAGGAUGCAAAUGGUAAUGCCAGGUGUGAACAGAGCCACUCUCUCUCUCUCUCUUUUAUUUCUUUUUUUCUUUCUUUCUUGAUUCACCCUUUCCUUUUAAAGUAACGUGCCUUUCUUUUGUUCUUCUGUCUACACAUUCAUCUAUCUACUCCUCCACCCACUCAUCCUCACCUCCUCAGACUGAUCACAUGAUUCUGGUCAAACUCUGCCCACUUUUUUUUUUUUUGCACUCAAACCUUUUUGAUUUGGAAGCGCUUUUUUUUUUUCCUUUCUUUUUUUUUUUUUACCAUCGUGGUCAGUCAGUCAGAUAAACACACACACACACACACACCACUCCUCACAGGUAGCAUUCUCAACCGAUCAAGACUGGAAAAUACUUUAAAAAGACAAACAAAAAAAGAAGAGAGUCGAGAGAAUCACGGAUUCCCACCGAACAAAAGAAGAAGAAGCGGCGCCUGCGGAAUAAAAACAGAAAAACAAAAGCAAGAGAGUUCAUCUGUAAAUAAAGCUAUUAAAGUCUGUAUAAAUUAAA